UUUUCCUUCAACGGCGCCAUCAAGUUUAAACCCUCGUUAAAAAUCCUACACUCCAAACAGAGAAGCACGCUGUCCUUCCCCCUCCAAUUCCCAGUCCCACUCAUCUCUAAGAUUGAUUGAUUAAACAAUGGAUUCCGGCGGAGGCGCUUCCCUGCCAUCUACGUGCCCCGACGCGCGGAAGCGUCGCGUGUCUUACUUCUACGAGCCUACAAUCGGCGACUACUACUACGGCCAGGGCCAUCCGAUGAAACCCCACCGCAUCCGCAUGGCGCACAAUCUCAUCGUCCACUACUCCCUUCACCGCCGCAUGGAGAUCAGCCGCCCCUUCCCUGCUGCCUCCCUCGACAUCCGCCGCUUCCACUCCCCCGACUACGUCGACUUUCUCUCCUCAGUUUCUCCCCAAACUCUCCUGGAUCACACGCACUCGCGCCAUCUCAAGCGCUUCAAUGUCGGCGAGGACUGCCCCGUCUUCGACGGCUUGUUUAGCUUCUGCCAGGCCUCCGCCGGCGGCUCAAUCGGCGCCGCCGUUAAGCUCAACAGGCAGGAUGCCGAUAUCGCGAUUAAUUGGGCUGGGGGUUUGCAUCAUGCGAAGAAGAGCGAGGCUUCGGGGUUUUGCUAUGUUAAUGACAUUGUUUUGGGGAUUCUCGAGCUUCUCAAAGUUCAUAGGCGUGUACUUUAUGUGGACAUUGAUAUUCACCACGGAGACGGGGUUGAGGAAGCCUUUUAUGUUACCGACCGUGUUAUGACAGUGUCAUUCCAUAAAUUUGGUGACUUUUUUCCUGGAACUGGACAUAUUAAAGAUGUUGGGGUGGCCUCUGGAAAGUACUAUGCUCUUAAUGUCCCACUGAAUGAUGGAAUAAACGAUGACAACUUUCGCAGCUUAUUCCGUCCAAUCAUACGGAAAGUGAUGGAGGUCUACCAGCCAGAUGCUGUUGUGCUACAAUGUGGGGCUGAUUCAUUGUCUGGUGAUAGGUUAGGUUGUUUUAAUUUGUCUGUGAAAGGCCAUGCAGACUGCCUUCUGUUUUUGAGGUCGUUCAAUGUUCCUCUAAUGGUUUUGGGUGGGGGAGGUUAUACAAUCAGAAAUGUUGCCCGGUGCUGGUGCUAUGAGACUGCUGUGGCUGUAGAUGUGGAGCCAGAUAAUAAGUUGCCGUACAAUGAAUAUUAUGAAUACUUUGGCCCAGAUUAUACACUUUAUGUAGAACCAAGUAAUAUGGAUAAUUUGAAUACAGAGAGGGAUUUAGAGAAAAUCAGAAACAUGCUACUCGAUCAACUUUCUAAACUGCAGCAUGCACCAAGCACCCAAUUUCAAACAAUGCCUCCAACCACAGAAGUUCCAGAAGAGAGAGAAGAAGACAUGGAAGUGAGACCCAAACCCCGAAUAUGGAAUGGUGAGCAGGAUUAUGAGUCUGAUGAGGAUGAGAUUGACAAGCCUGCAAUGUGAAGUUUGAAUAGCGAAAAUACAUAUGUAUAAAAUACAUAUCUAAGGGAUGGUCCUGACAAUCAAAACUGAUGAUACAUCGGAUAGACAAAGAUGAGUGUUUUCAUCAGGAAUGGACCGUGCAAUUGAUAUUUGUUUUAGGUAAGAGAUUCAGCCUGAAAAUAGAUUAUACAGCAGAGGAUGUAAAUAAUGAAAGAAAAAAGAGAUGGGAUUAGUUAGGUUUUCCCAAGAAUUUGUAUUAUAAGUGCAUGUUUGCUUGCCAUGGUAGACCCAAGAUUUAAUCCUUAUCUGUCUUUAAUGCA